AUGUGUGAGGCCGAGGGUAUCAUGCAGCGCGCGGAGGAGCUGAUUCGAGAGCAUCUUCGUCGGAAUCCGAGAAUCGCCGAGACGGCUGGGGUAGCUAAGGACUGGGAAUUCCGUGAUGCGGUCAGAGUUAACCUCGGGAUUUAUUACGACAAAGCGUCGAUGAUAUGGUACUUCAAGCUCUAUAAUAAAACUAGAAGAGGAAAGAAGUGCGGUAAGCUGGAUGUUCUCGAUAAGCUCAGAGUAGUCUGUCGGAAGAAGAAAGCGAGUAGCGACAACGGAGAGGCGGCAAUCGCUGUCAAAAAGCGCAUCGUUCACCGCUCGAAUCCGAGGGAGAAGGGAAACCAACGGCUGCAGCUUAUGGAGGAACUUAUUCAGGAUCACUUGCGUCGUAAUCCGAAGAUUUCCGAGCCUGAGAGCGUCGCCAAGGAUUGGAAUUUCCGUCAGGCAGUGAAGGAGCGAUUCGGUAUCAUGUAUCAGAAGACCCUGAAUAAAUGUGCGCUGAGAAUCAUCUGUGAGCAACAAGCUGAGAUAGAAGGCACUACUACUGCUGCUGGAGGCCGAAAGCGGAAACUGCAAGGCGGGCCAUCGACACGUGCGUCGGUUUCGAAGCAGCCGGUCAAACAUCUCAAAAGGUUGCGCCUCUCGAGUACCAUUGGCUCGGGAGCAGCUGAGGUGGGAAGACCUUCGAAUCUACCGGGCGGUAGAGUGCCGAAGCCUCGGCGGUUUGGAGAGGCAGUUGCAGUCGGCUCACGGUCAGCGGACCUUGAUCGUAUCGCGGCUUUGAGGGCGGAAGUAGAGAGCUGGAAAGACAAGGCGAUAGCGACGGAGAAGGUGAGCGGUAUUGAUGAGGCCGAGGAGCAGACUAACCUAUAG